ACUGCCCUCAGCCAUCACCACCGGGGAACCCAUCCUAUUCGAGCCGGCAGAAUGCAGCUGGGAGGUUAAAGGUGACUGGAGCAGAGCGGUGCUUCCUGGGCGAACUGGUUUACAGUGUAGGUGCUGAUAGCAGGAGCGGAGAUCAUGCCUUCCCUGCACACGAGGAAGAGGAUUGGAGUCUAUCUGAAUGAGAACAAGAGAAGAAAACUUAAUUUUGACUUAUUCGAGGAACUUUGCAGGAAUCAUGGAUACGAUGUAAUAGAGGUUGACCUCACCAAAUGUCUCAAUAGCCAAGGGCCAUUUGAUCUCAUUAUUCAUAAGUUGACAGACCUCUUGAUAGAAGCAGGUCAGGACCUAGCAUCUCAUCACCUUGUCCAGAGGCUUCAGGUCUAUCUGGACACCCAUCCCUUUACUGUCCUUCUGGACCCUCUACCGGCUCUGUACACACUUCUUGACCGAUUCCAGUCGUAUCGCCUUAUAAAAAGCCUGGAGACCCAACAGCAAGGGGUCAGUGCUUUGUUCUCCCCUCCAUGCGUGGAGCUGAUGUCCAAGCGCAGUGAUAUGGUGGAUUUGGUUAGAGAACGUCUUACCUUCCCUAUCAUUUGCAAAACCCAGGUGGCUCAUGGACCGCUCUCACAUGAGAUGUCCUUGAUAUUUAAUGAGCGCGGUCUAAAAGACGUGACUCCCCCUUGUCUUCUCCAGAGCUUCAUCAACCACAGCGCCACCCUCUAUAAGAUUUUCGUUGUAGGUCCACAGCAUUUUGUCGUCAAGAGACCAUCCAUACAUAAUUUUCCCUUGGGCGAGACUGACCAAACGACAAUCUUCUUUAACAGCCACCAUGUCUCCAAGGCAGAAUCCUGUUCACACCUGUCUCAAACCCCUCUGUAUCCAGAUGCCCUACCUCCAUCAGAUGACGCUGUCAGACAGGUGGUCCAGGGUCUUCAGGACGCUCUGGGAAUGUCUCUUUUUGGUGUGGAUUUAAUAGUGGACACUCAGAGUGGUCGUUGUGCAGUAAUUGAUGUCAAUGCUUUUCCAGGCUAUGAAGGUGUCAGUGAAUUUUUCCCAGCUUUAUUAUCACACGUGGACAAAAUCCUUAGCAAAGAAUCUCCAUCUGCUUUGGAGGGUUCCCCAGAUGUCCAUACAUGUGAAGAGCGCAAGAUGGACCUAAGAUCUCUCCCAGAGCCUUGUAAAAGACGAGUCAGCAGCACGUCUUAUUUUACAAUAGCCUUUUCUGCUGAUUGCUGACGAAGGAGAUAACCAAACCAAUAGACCUUUCUUUAGUAAAUUAAAC